GCCAACGACAUCUAUACAUCCGCAGUCUUCACGUGCUCUCUCUCUCUCUCUCUCUGUGUGCUUUGCCCCUUGCAUUUCCUGCUAUAUCCUGGCUUCUUUAUUAGUUAUCUGUUUGCUUUGUUAUUUUUUUCUUCUUUUCUGAAAGACAAAUCUUAUCCACUGCCAACCUCCCUUUGUUUUCUUUUGUUUGGUCUCUUUUUUUGAGGGUCGUUUCCUGUUAAAGAGAUAUAUAUCUAUCAAAGAGUAGUUUUGUUCGUUGGUUGACAAAGAAAGCUUUUUUAAGUUAAAGAGUAUGGAAAACAAAAGGCAAGUGUGUGGUUCUUCUUCCUCUUCUUCUUACUCUUCAUCAUCAUCAUCAUCAUCUGUUUCUUUCGAUCAUCUCUUUGGUCCCAAGGACUCUUCUUCUUCAUCCUCCACAAGUGGGAUUUUUGGGACUAUUUUCCCUCCCCCAUCAACGGUGCUAGGGAGGGACUCCAGUCACUCUGGAAUGAUGGGGUCAUGGAAUAGUCAGGGUUUGCCCCAUCAUGGCAAAUAUGGAAACCCAGAUCAUUCCACUGAUAGCAAGGGACGAAGCAGUGGCACAACUCACAAAGACAAGAGUUCAUCCAUUUAUCAGAAUGAAACAGUGGAACCUUGCUAUUUCAGCUCAUCAAUAUACUAUGGAGGACAAGAAAAUUAUUCUCCAAGGAAGAAUACCAAUGAGCCUCAACAUUAUUUCAAAAAGGAUGGGGAAGAUGAUGACCCCAAUGGGAACAAUUCUGGUGGUGCUUCAAGAGGGAAUUGGUGGCAGGGUAUGGAAAGCAGUGGAUAUUUGGAGAUAAAUCAAAUACCCUUCAUUGUCUUUAUACAUCACAUCGAACGGUCUUUAACCGAUUAUUCUUUGUUUGUGCAGGCUCACUUUAUUACUAACAUCUCAAUCCAAAAUAAUGCAAAUCUGCCAUCCCAAUACUCUAAGGCAUAUAUUAAGAAUUCCCUGAUGGAUGUUCUUUUCCUUUAUCUGUAUAUGCACCCUUCUGUUAUGGAUUUUUAGUUCAUUUACAUUUACCACUUCAAAAAUUUAUUCAUAGAGUACUAUUCAUGUAGCCUGGCAUACUUUCAUUGUUCUUUGCAUAUUUCCUUUGAUCCAGCUGAUUGAAACUAUGUUUCAUGGACUAUUUUUGCAGGAAUACUGGCAGUAUGAUCGUCUUUACACUAUGGAAAUAAGCUGGUAGAUAGCUAGCAGUACAGUAGAAGCAUAUAGAGCAUAAUACAGCUUAGGACUUGUGGCAGAAUGUUGUGGUUCUUUUUGUCCCAACUCUUCCACUUUGAGCAAGUCUCACUUGUAAGCUGAUAUGUUUAGGGCAGUUUGCGGAACCUUGUAUUAUAUGUUUCUUUUGCCUGACUAGUCUAGUCUCCAUGUACUGAACUAUUCUCAGUUGGAUUUUUGCCCACAAGCAAAUCAACUAGUAUAGCUAUUGACAUAAACAUCCUUCCCGUCUCCAAA